AUGGCGUCGCCGCCCAAGACUACCAAGAAGCACCACGCGCGCCUCAACAACCCGUUCCCGCGCGCCGUCCCGACGGCCGCCAUCCGCGACGGCGACGCGGCGCCGCGCCUCUCGUUCGCGACGACCUCCAAGCUCGCCCACGCGCACGACUUCCCCGUGGGGACCCGGUUCCGCCUCCGUUGGGACCCGUCCCGCGGCGGCGAGGUCUCGCUGUCCAGGGUUCCUCCUCCUCCAGGCGACGGCGGUGACGGCGCGGCGGCGCGCCGCGCGAUGUGGGAGACCGUCCCCGGCGUGGCGUUCCUCUCCGCGGCCUCCGCCGCCACCGAGGCCGACGAGUGCCGCGGCUCCUUCGCGCUCCGCGACGGCCGCGCCCGCCUCGUCCCCGAUCGCCAGCACGUCGACAGGAUCAAGGCUUCCUACCGCUGCGACGCCGCCGAGGCAGGCCCAGGCGGCGCCGACCUGCUGCGCGCAGCCGCGUUCGAGCCGUCCGACGCGACGCGGUUCCCGGUGCUGGUAAUGACCGGGCUCGUGUCCGCCAAGAAGGCGGGCGCGUCGCCGUCGCCGUGCACCUGCUGCGGGCUGCGCGCAGCAAGUCGCCGCGCCCGGAGCGCGGCGGCGGCGGCGGCGGGGAGGCCAGUGCUCUCGGCGCGGUACUGGAUCGUUCUCGAGGAGAAGAACGACACGCAGGUCGCGUUCAGCGUCAAGAUCGGCGACUACCAAUGGACGUGCGGGCACGCCGCUGACCCUGCCAAGUCGACCCCGGCGACGGCGACGACCACGACGGGCCCGAGGCUCCACCGGCCCAGUUUACGCCUUCGUCUGUCGGGGCGCGUCCAGCGAGGCACGAGCGAGAAGACGAGGCUGGCCCCGACCCCGAGCCGCGAGGAGGCGUCGGCGGCGCUCCUGCCAGGUCCCGAGAGGGCGGAGGAGCGGCGGCCGGAGGAGUUCAACCGCGUGUUCCUGACGUACACGAGCAGCCGCGACGAGCGGUUCUUCGGGUUCGGCGAGCAGUUCAGCCGCGUGGAGUUCAAGGGGAAGCGGGUGCCGGUGCUGGUGCAGGAGCAGGGGAUCGGCAGGGGAGACCAGCCCAUCACUUUUGCCGCCAACCUCGUCAGUUACAGGUCAGGAGGAAACUGGAGCACGACAUAUGCUCCCUCUCCAUUCUACAUGACCUCAAAGAUGAGAUCUUUGUACCUUGAAGGAUACGACUACUCCAUCUUUGACCUGACGAGACCUGACAGAGUGCAGAUUCAGAUUUAUGGCAAUUCAGUCCAGGGACGGAUACUAGACGGCGACUCACCGACGGAGCUGCUCACCAGCUACACGGAGUCAACCGGACGGCCGCCGGUUCUUCCCAGGUGGAUCACGUCCGGUGCCGUUGUCGGCAUGCAGGGUGGCACAGACACCGUCCGCAGGGUUUGGGACCAGCUCAAGGACUACGAUGUCCCAGUCUCUGCAUUCUGGCUACAGGAUUGGGUUGGCCAGAGGAAGACGGCGAUCGGAUCCCAGCUCUGGUGGAACUGGGAGCUUGAUGAUGCUCAUUACAGUGGAUGGAAGGAUCUUGUAGUUGACCUUCGCAGCCACGGCAUCAGGACCAUGACUUACUGCAAUCCUUGCCUUGUGCCGAUGGAUGAGAAGCCCAACACGAAGAGGCACCUGUUCGAGGAAGCCAAGAGGCUGGGCAUCCUGGUGAGGGACGAGGCAGGCGAGCCGUACAUGAUGCCCAACACGGCGUUCGACGUCGCGAUGCUCGACUUCACCAACCCGGAGGCGCACGCCUGGUUCAAGAGCAUCGUCCUGCGGGGGAUGGUGGACCACGGCGUCAGCGGCUGGAUGGCUGAUUUUGGCGAGGGCCUGCCUCUGGACGCGCGGCUGCACUCCGGCGAGGACCCAGUCGCCGCGCACAACCGGUACCCGGAGCUGUGGGCGCGCGUAAAUCGCGAGUUCGCCGAUGAGUGGAAAGCCAGCCGCCGCAGUGCCGCGGAGACGGCGGCGGAGGGCGGCGACGACGACGACGGCCUGGUGUUCUUCGUGCGGUCGGGGUUCCGGGAGAGCUCCCGCUGGGCGAUGCUGUUCUGGGAGGGCGACCAGAUGGUGAGCUGGCAGGCGAACGACGGCAUCAAGAGCAGCGUGGUGGGCCUGCUGAGCGGCGGCCUCUCGGGGUUCCCGCUCAACCACAGCGACGCCGGCGGCUACUGUACGGUCGACCUGCCGCCGUUCCUGCGCUACCGCCGCAGCGAGGAGCUCCUGCUGCGCUGGAUGGAGGUGAACGCCUUCACGGUGGUGUUCCGCACCCACGAGGGGAACAGGCCGGGCUCCAACUGCCAGUUCUACUCCAGCGGCCGGACGCUGGCGCACUUCGCGCGCUGCGCCAAGAUGUACAAGGCCUGGGAGUUCUACCGCGCGCGGCUCGUCGGGGAGGCCGCGCGCACGGGGCUCCCCGUGGCGCGCCACCUGUUCCUGCACUACCCGACGGACGAGCGCGUGCAGGCGCUCACGUACCAGCAGUUCCUUGUCGGGACGGAGAUGCUGGUGGUGCCGGUGAUGGACAAGGGGCGGACCGCGGUCACCGCCUACUUCCCGGCCGGCGCCGGGGCGUGGAGGCACGUGUGGAGCGGCGACGAGUACGGAGCCGGGGUGCAGGGCGGGUUCGAGGCCCAGGUGGAGGCCCGGGUCGGGUACCCGGCCGUAUUCGUCAGGAUUGGGUCGCCCGUCGGGGAAAGAUUUGUAAGCAACUUGAGAGAUCUCAAGCUGUUGUAA